UUCAUUACAUAUAUUUGACAGAGAGAAGAAGCGGCAUCAGGAUUAACAUAAGAAAAUCACUGCAUUAAUUAUAAAAAUGAUGCAAUUUAAUCCCUUGAAUGUUAUAAUGUUACUCUAUACAACUUUCAUUGCUCUUAACUUUCCACAAAGUCCGAUAACUCCAAAAGAAGUAGAAGUAAAGGAGAAGAUUGAAUAUUUGUUAAAAGAAAUAGAACAUGAAGAGGAAUUUAAAAUAGAAGAAGAAGAAACUUUAGAUUUUUACAAUACAUAUGAAGUUCCAGAAGCGGAAAAUAUUGAUUUAUUAGAGGAAAAUGAAAGAAAAGAAUAUCUCCCGGAAGAAGUUAUUUGUAGCUCCGUUGAAGUAGGAAUAUCAAAUGAUUAUAAAAGGCAAGUUGUGGAAUAUUGGAAGAUCGGUAAAACAGGAGCAAGAUCGCUUGAAGGAGUUAAAAGAAGAUACAGAAAAGUAACAUCGAUGCGACAAUUACGACAAUGGGAGGACUAACUAAAUCAGUGCAAGU